AUGGAGGGGCUCACAGGACGUUUUCUACUGUUGUGCCUUAUCAGCUUAACUAAUGCAAAUACCGGUCCUGUAAUCCAGACUGUUGUUUACAGUGUGUGUGAAGACACCCCCAUAGGUGCCGAUGCGUUUACUAUAAACGCAACAGACCCAGAAAAUGACCCAAUGACCUUUUCACUCACUGGGUCCAAUGCUGUGUACUUCACCGUUGGAACAAGCACUGGGAUUGUAACAGUGAAUAGGCAGUUAGAUAGAGAGAGUAGUGACUUAAUGCAGCUUGGAGUUGUUGUCUCUGAUGGUCUUAAUUUUUCACCAGCAGAUUUAAAUAUCAUAUUAUUAGAGGCCAACGACAACAAACCCAUAUUUCAGGAGUCUUCAUAUGAUGUUGAGAUCCCAGAAAAUACAGCUGUAGGUACAUCUCUAUUUAGGGUGCAUGCCACUGAUGCAGACACUGCAGCUGCCGGUGUUGUUCAGUACAGCAUCGAUGAAGUAACUCCAAGUGAUGGAUUCAAUCUGUUCAGCAUCGUAAGCACAACUGGUGAAGUCAGAUUAAAUGGACGUCUGAAUUAUACAGCACUGAGCACUUUCUAUCGGCUUAAGAUUAAUGCAACUGACGGUGGAGGCCAGUGUUACUUUGAUGAACCUAAAUACUUCUCCAGCAUUGCUUUUUCCUUCAUCACGGUGGUGGAUGUCCCAGACCUAAACCCACAGUUCAUCAGUCUUCCCUAUGUAGGAAGAGUUGAGGAGAAUUCUCCUGUGGGCACGUCUGUGCUUAAAGUGACCGCUAUAGACCAAGACACAGGAGUCAAUGAUGAUAUCAUCUACAGCAUUGAAGAUUCGACAGCAGAUGACCUGUUUAAAAUCUCUAGUAAAGAUGGCGUGAUAUCUGUGAUGUCAACAAUUGACAGAGAAACUAUUGGUGACACUGUUACCGUGGUUGUAAAGGCCACCGAGUCUAAACUAAACAUCCAUGGCUUGCAAGCCAGCACCACUGCGAAUGUACAGAUCAACAUCAUUGACCUCAAUGACAACAAGCCGGAGUUUUACAAGUGUGGAGGCUCAGGAGAUGAGAUCUCCUGUGUGGAGGUGAAUAACUUUGUAGGAGAGGUCUUUGAGCACUCACUGGGGUCUGUUCCCAUCAACAUGACAGUCAAAGAUGCAGAUAAGAUUUCCCACACCGAACUAAUCCUGGAAGGAGCUGACAAGGACAUAUUCUCUGUGGAACCUCAACUUACCACAUCAGAUAGCGUUGUUCAGCUUCUGGUCAAACAGCCCCAAAUGCUGGAUUUUGAGGAAAAACAGCAAGUGGUUCUACAGGUGGUUGCCAUAGAUCAAGAAGAACCAAGCUUCCGCUCCACUGCUACAGUUACUAUUAACAUCAAGGACACCAAUGACAACAGCCCCAAGUUUCCAGAGGACACGUAUAAGCUGACAGUGCCUGAGCACUCUCCUUCUGGGACGUCAGUGGCUCACAUUACUGCAGAGGAUCCUGACACGAUGGAUCAAGGCAACAUCACCUACAGACUUCUUCCAGACAGCAUACUACUUUAUUUUGACGUGGAGCCACUUACGGGCAUUGUUUAUGUGAAAAACGAAACUUUGUUGGAUCGUGAGGUCAGAUCCCUGUAUUCAGCCACUCUGCAGGCCAGAGACACAGACGGCAAGCCUGGUACCACAGUGCUGGAGAUCACUGUGACUGACAUCAAUGACCAGCAUCCGGUCAUCAACAGAGACUCUUACCUGGUGUUUGUGGAAGAGGGAGGACAGUUUGAAGUUAAGAUAGAGGCUACUGAUGCAGAUGACCCCGAUACAGUAAACAGCCAAAUCGUGUAUGGAAUCAUGCCGAGCAGGUACAGCGAUAACUUCACCAUCGACCCAAACACCGGUGUGUUGAGAAACAGUGGUGAGCUGAAUCGUGAGGCCUUGGACCCAAAGCUGAAUGGGAGGAUCGAACUCAACGUAACUGCUACUGACAAGGGGACUCCCCCAUUGUCCACUGUGGUCACAGUUAUUAUCAAUGUAGAGGAUAUCAAUGACAACACACCACAAUUUCAAGCCCCCUUUUACAAAUUCUCUGUUAAAGAAGGAGAAAAAGGUGCAUUUGUGGGAUCUGUUUACGCUGUGGAUUUGGACCAGACAACAGACUUUAACCGCAUUUCUUUCAGCAUCAUUGAUGGAAGCUUUGGCAGCUUCAUCAUUCGCACUUUUGCAGAGGAGCAGGGUUACAGGGGGAACAUCACUGUGGACCCGGACAUUGAGCUGGACUACGAGAGCCCUCGCAAGAAAUUCAAUCUGCGGGUAGAGGCAACAGAUCUGGAGCAGAAGAAAGCUAUAGUGAUGGUGGAUGUGGACGUGUUGGACGUGAAUGACGAGAGGCCCGAGUUCAAGCCAACAUCGCCCGUGACAGUGAAGGAGAACACCACCAUCAGUGACGCCAUUGGGAAUUUCACGGCGAUGGAUAAAGAUGGAAACCACUUGCUGGUGUACCACCUGGAAUCCAUCAAAUGCAGAUGCAACGGUUCUCUGACGCCCUGCAGCUGGGUUAUCCUCGAUCCAACAGGGGAAGUCAGACUCAAUCCGGAGUACAGAGUGGACUAUGAACAAUGUGACCAGGUGGUGGUAGAGGCUCAGGUGGUGGAUGAGUACACAGAGAAGGGAGAGAACAGCAGUGUUACAACAGGAGAAAUGGUGAUCAACAUUGAAGACAUCAACGACAAUGCUCCAGAAUUCAUUCCCUCAGAUUCUGUAUUUGUUGUGGUAUCAGAAAGUGCAAGUAAAGGGACAUCGGUUGCAGGAGUCACUGCUACAGAUCGAGACUCUGGAAUAAACAGGCAGAUUGACUUUAAAGUAACAGGAGUCCAAUUUGAAGACACCAACAAUCACACAAGUAACAUGAGGAUGCUGUUUGAGGCUGUCACCACACAGCAGAAGGAUAUUUAUGUUGGGAUUAUUCAAACUACGGAAGGGCUCGAAAUGUCACUGAAAGGGAAGUAUUUGGUAACAGUAACUGCAACUGAUACUGGAGGCCUCUCCAGCAGCACCGUCCUGGACAUUUUCACAGUUGACGAGUCGUAUAAAGUUGAACUUCAGUUUACAAGAACAGUAGAAGAUGUUGAACAAAGUCGCAAUCAAAUCAUCAGGUCACUCACUGCUGCCACCAAGGCCGCUGUUGAAGUUGUUGCAAUCAGGGCUGACAACACUGAAGCAUCCAGGGCUUCAAGUGUCACUGUCAUGGUGGCCUAUUUUGUCUACGCCAAUGGGACAGCUCUUACGUCUAAUGAAGUGGAAAAGAUGGUCUCUGACCCUGAGCAUUAUCCUGUGCUGGCAGACCUUGGCCUCAGGUACAUUGGGAAAGCUCCUGUGAUCGAACCAGACGUAGAUCCUUUAAAGUACAUCCUGCUGGGGAUGGUGGGAGGCCUCAUCAUCGUGCUGGCUGUCCUCACCACUUCUCUGAUGUGCACUCGCAGAAACUACAGGAGGAAGCUGAAGGCUGCUAAGGCCAUGAACUCUGCAUCCUUGGUGAAUUCUGACAACCAGAAAAGUGGUCCUGUGGUACCUGGAACCAACAAGUACACCAUGGAAGGGGCUAAUCCGGUUCUCAACCUCAACAUUGACACAACCAUGGCCCUGGACUUGGAUGAGGAGAGCUCAGAUGUGGACAAAGUCAGCCUUAACUCCCUGGACUACAAUGAUGAAAUGACCAGCCCUGAAAAGGACACAAAACCUAUCAUGCAGAUGAUCCAUGAGGAGGAAGAGGAGGACAGCGCACCACCAGAGUACAUCGAGCCCCUGGGUGCAGCUCUGGCCCAGAGGGGACGAAAAGAGAAACCUCGUUUGGGUUUUAAUAACCCUGCAUUCAGCACAACAGACCUAUGA